AUGAAUCCGAUAUUCAGAAGCGAAUCCUUGACUGGUUCGGGUAGUCUUUACCCGUAUCCAUAUUCCGCCAUUACAGAGGUGGAGAAGCGGCAGUUAUUCUUGAGAAGCUAUCAGUUUAGCAGGAAGCAAAGCGGUGGUCAGAGGGUGAAGAGAUCUCUGUUUCGUGUGAAGAAACUCAUAUGGGUAAAGCUUCGUGCUGCGAAGAAGAUCCACAGAAUGAUUUGGAUGAAGAUACGCCAUGGAUUCUUCUUCUCCAAUGGGUUUAGGAGGAAAAGGUUCAUUCGUUUAAAUCAUCACAACAACCCUUCUUCUUCACUUUGUUUCUGGUAG